AUGUUGUCUGGCUCUUCAGCAUCUAGAGCCAGUCACCCGCAUGCGCGGUAUCUGCUGCGCCCGCUGGUCUCGGGACCAGCCGUAUCGCGACCAUCCGGCGAAGCUGCAGGUUUGAUCGCGCUGCAGCAGAAACGAAGCUUUGCGCAAAGAAAGUUGCCACCGAAUGCACCUAUGCACCUCCCAUACCCAAAGAAGCGACAUAGUUUUUCUCUCGUCCAAUCGAUAUCUGGGCAUCGGCUUUCGUCUUCCAUGGCCACACCCCAACCCGAGUCGAUAGAACCCGGCGGCACCGAAGCAAUCAAUGCCCUGAUCGAGCGCAUCAACGAAAAUGAGGACCAGAUGGCGCAACUUAUGGAUGAGCUGGACUUGAUGGAAGGCGCAGACAACGCCGAUGGACUCGAGGAGCCCCUUGCCCUCGGCGGAGAGGAAUACACUCUCGAGUCUUGGGUGCAGAUGGUCCGUCAGCAGUGUGGAGAUGAUGUCCCCGACGGCGCUUUGAAUGACGAGGAACUCCGGCUGUAUAUAUCGCUGUACGGAGAGCCAAACAUCCAGCGAUUGGCAGACGAGGGCAUCCCGGAAGACGAGAAAGACCCUGAUCAAUUGUUCCGCGAGGAUGGACAGGGCGGCUGGGAGGAAAUCGAGUUUGAGCAAUCAGCGGAAGCUCACGAUGAUACUCCAGUUGUGUACGAUAUGGAUGCGAGCCCGGAACUGGACGAAACGGCCGCCAUGCGGCGAACACGAGAAGUGGCUGAACAAUUGGGCGGCGAGAUUAUGAUGGAACAAUUUGUGAAUGAGGCAGUCCCAGACUCUGCUCCACGAUCCCAUCCCAUGACUCGCGAGGGGAAAUUUGAGACAGAGCCCGGCACAAUCAAUCUGCCGAAGAAGACUGUGACGGGUCCCAUCUCCAUAAUUCUUUCGGAGUUUUCCAAUAAGCAUAUCGCCGAUACUGCUCAUCGCCUGUUCGGUGGUCCAGGCCUGCCUAAUUCGACUACAACACCUCCCCCACGAGCACAAUUACCCCAACUUCCCAUUCCUAUCAGUGCAUCACAGCAUCACAUGGGAGAAAUGGAAGCCAACGCCUAUCUGGCGGCCUUAUACCCCGUGUUCUUGUGGAAGUUCGAAAGCGUCUCAGGAACUGAUUGGAUCCGUAAACUUAUUUCUCAAGAUGGUGGUCCAAAUGUUCUUGAUGCUAGUGGCGGUGGUGCAGGCAUCUUAGCCUGGAGGGAUAUAAUUAGCGCAGAGUAUCAGCUUAUGGUUCCCGAUCACCCCGAGGAUGCACCCGUUCCAUACGGUCGCUCGACUGUAUUGACCGGAUCUGACGCACUUCGUCUGCGUGCCAGUGCGAUACUUGAUAACACGACUUUCCUCCCCCGGCUACCGGACUAUCUUCAUGUACGUGAGAAGCCGACAUUGGACGAUUCGCGUGCUGCUCCCAAGCGAAAGCAGUACGAUGUCAUCAUUGCGCCGCAUUCUCUUCUUGGAUUCGAAGAGGAGUACCAACGAAAGGAGUAUGUAGAGAAUUUAUGGCAACUCCUCAACCCGGAUGGAGGUGUUCUCGUUCUGCUUGAGAAGGGACGCCAGAAGGGUUUUGAAUGCAUCGCCGGCGCGCGUGAAAUGCUACUCAAGCGCCACAUUGCAAGCCCCAAUUCAACUGAGUAUGAGAACUUCCUCGACUCUCCUGACAGCAGUCGGACCGUCAAGAAGGAAUCUGGUAUGAUUGUUGCACCCUGCACCAAUCACUCGACGUGCCCGAUGCACAACUCUGCGGGGCCCACAAAGGGUCGCAAAGACUAUUGCCAUUUUGAGCAGCGAUACAUCCGACCCCCAUUCUUGCAACGCAUAAUGGGAGCCAGAGACCGCAACCACGAGGAUAUCAAAUUCAGCUAUAUUGCCGUGCAAAGGGGCCAGGACUUGCGGCAACAACAAAAUAUCCAGCAGAAUGCUGAGGUGACCGAUGCGGCGUUCGAGGGAUUUGAGCAUCUUGAUGAACCAACCAGUCCCUUCCAUCCGCUUUCACUGCCUCGCGCGGUUUACCCGCCGUUGAAACGUCGAGGCCAUGUCAUUUUUGACCUCUGCACACCAGCCGGAAAGAUCGAGCGCUGGACCGUACCCCGAUCUUACAGUCGUCAGGCGUAUCGCGAUGCGCGCAAGUCGAACUGGGGUGAUUUAUGGGCACUUGGUGCGAAAACUCGCAUCCCCCGUAAAUUGAACCUGGGCGAGAAACAUGGCGAAGGCAAGAAGGAGCGUCUAGCUCGUCGGGCUGCAGAUAAAGCUGCUUCUCAGGAGGUGGAUGAGGAAGGAGACCUGGAGCGUGAUGAGGAAGAUGAUGAAGAAGACUACCCCUCGGAUAUCCCCGAUAUCCCCAAGCGGAAGAAGGGGCAGAAUAUCCCAAGCUGGAAGAAGCAUAAUGAUAAGAAGAAGCUUCGACAGGCAUACAAGCGCCGUGCGGCCGCUGAGGACGCAUAG